AACUUGUUUUUUCUCUCUCUUCAAAACUUUGCUAAAACUUACAAAAAAUAUUAUUUUAAACAAGAUGUGGUCUUUUUCCACCCACAUAAAACAUUUUUGCAGUCAAAUGCUUCCUUGUAGUAUUCGUUUACCAUAAGAUAUCGCGCGUUCUAUGUAAGUUCAUCAAUAAAACUAGCAAAAGAAAAUAAAAUUUUAAAAUAAUAGAGAAUAAAAGAAGAAAAGAAAUAUCCAAAACAACAACAAAAUACAUAUUUUUUUGUUGCGAUUAAGUGAAACAUAAAUCUUAUCAAGCAUAGAGAGAAAAAAAAAAUUGUCUAAACAAGUCAAGUGGGAGAUACAUAAUAAAAUAGAAAAUAUAUUCCACAAACAAAGAAGAAACUCACAAGAGGCAAAAAGCUCUGGAAGUAAUCAGUGAGAAAAGAAAUUAGAAAGAGAAAGGAAAAGAAAGGUUUUUUCAGUUUAUCGCGCGCUGCCUACGAAUGAGAAUCACUAUUAGACGAAUGUGAUGACAAUGAACAAAAGAAAAUUAAUUAUGGAAUCAAAUAAGCAUAUGUACGCGUACAUUGAGAUCAUACCAAAUCAAUUGGUAUUUGUGACAUUUAAGAGAGAUUUAAAGCCUCUGUCGAACAAGAAUCGCUCGUAUAUUCGAGUUGACAAUUUCUUACAUUACGAGGGUUUCUAUAAUGAUUUCGGACCGUACAAUAUAUGUAACUUGUAUCAUUAUUGUAAGUAUCUCAAUAUGGAAUUGGAAACAGCACGUAAAGCGAAUAGAAUGGUGAUUCAAUAUACCUGGAUGGAUAAAGAAAAGCGUCUAAAUUCAGCCUACGCAAUCGGCUCGUAUGCCAUAAUCUAUUUAAAUAAGACAGCAGACGAUGUUUACAAAUUGCUUACGAACAAUGAGACACAAACGUUUACUAAAUUCAAUGAUGCAUCAGCUGUGCUGAGCGAGUACAAAUUAACACUAUUGGAUUGUUUGCGGGCAAUUGAGAAGGCUCAUAAGUUUGGAUUUUUCAGUUUCGAUGACUUUAAUUACUUGGAAUAUGAGCAUUAUGAGAUUGUUGAGAGUGGGGACCUGAAUUGGAUUGUUCCGAAUAAAUUUAUAGCAUUUUGUGGUCCACACAUGUUAUCAGGAACUGAUAAUAAAGGAUAUACACAUCAUGCUCCUGAUAAAUACUUUGAGUACUUCCAAAAGAAUUACGUUACGACGAUCAUUCGAUUAAAUUACAAGUUCUAUGAAGCACAAAGCUUUACAGAUGCCGGAUUUAAACAUUAUGAUCUUAUCUUUCGUGACGGUUCCACGCCAAGUGAUACAAUAUUAAACCAAUUUUUAGAUAUUUGUGAGAAAACUGAUGGUGCAAUUGCUGUACAUUGUAAAGCAGGUCUUGGUCGUACUGGAAGUCUAAUUGGUGCAUAUAUAAUGAAGCAUUAUCAUUUAACAGCAAUGGAAACAAUCGCUUGGAUUCGUCUCUGUCGUCCUGGUAGUGUGAUUGGACAUCAACAGCAGUGGAUGGAAGAAAAACAAUUGUCCAUGUGGUUGCAAGGUGAAGCAUAUCGUCGUGAACAUAAAAUAAAAUCAAUAAAACUUCACGAGCUCGGUGUUUACAGCUAUAAGAAUAAAAGCUGCCUCGAUGAAGACUUACUCGAGAGUAAAAUGAUACAGACGGUGGACUACAUUGAUGGAGACGUUGAUGAAACCGAAGACGACGAGACAACGACAGAUAAUGUUGAUGAAAUAAUUGGAGAAAUUCAAGAGAAGAAUAUAAAGAAAAGGUCACGAUCAGUAAAUGGAAUAUCUGAAAAGGUUGAUACAAUGAAGCUUCAUGAUGACGCAAAUGGGAAUAUUGUGCAAGAAGUGACUUCCGUACCAUCAGUUAAAACAAAUGAUAAGAACGGAAACAUAAUCACGUCAAGUGCUAGCGCACCAUCAAGUAAAUGCACAAAAUCACGUCCUAUCCCUAAUCUCAUAAAGAAACUUACACCUGGUGCCACAAAUACGAAUACAUUGCCAGCAAAGCUUCCGUCUGCCAUUGAUUCAAGUGAACAGUUUACACAAGGGGAUGAGUUAAAUCAAAUCAAAUUUCGACGAGCUGCAAAUCAUCAUCGAUCAUUGACUGUUUCCUCAACACAAACGGACUCUAUAUUGGUAAAGCCACGUUCAUAUCAUAGUCGCGCUAAAUCACAAUCAAACACGCGAUCCCUUGACCAUGAAGGAACCACAACAAAUCCCACAAAUAUUGCAAAACCUAUAACAAGAGGUGGAAAUGGAAAUGCAAGAUUUGCAUAUGUUGUUGUAAGAACAACUGGAAACAACACCAUCACAUCGACAACAUCACCAAUCCGUACUGAUCCGAUAAGUCACAUUCCAACAAUAACAAGCAGCAAUAAGUUAAUCAAAGGCAAGCAAUCAAAAGACGAUGUCACAAAAAGGGCUUCCGUACGUCGAACGACAUUGGGACGAUCGAAAUUGUCACGAUCGCCUGUCAAACCAUUAACAUGUACUGUAAGUUCUGUCACGACAACAAAUCAAACUAUCACAACGACUAUUGCGAAUUCACAAUCAUCCGAAUCUCAGACACAAUCACCAGUAUUGCAUGAACGAGUCGUUUUGGUGAAUGAGGACAUGAUUGGACCUGUAACGAGAAGUCGUUUAUGUAAAUUAUGUCCAUCAUUUGAUGAUUCGAGUCUAGAGACAAUGCACAAGCGUGGCAAACGAUCUCUAAGCAAUUCACGAUUCUACGAUAAGAAGAACAAUCGAAAGAAACAAAUUUUAGCACCGGUUAUAACUGGAACAUCAAUAACUCGAAAAUUAAGGAAGGAAGCAUCAUUAGACUCAGCGUUGUCAGACGUUGCGGCAGCAACAAAUGAUACCAACGAACAUACAUCAUUGUCAGAAGUUCCAUCGCCAACAAAAGAAACGCCAAAGUCAAGACUUAAGAAGCCAUCCAUUCGUUCAGCAUCACAAAAAGUAUUGACAACGAACUAAAGCAUGAAAGAUGAUUAAUUGACAUUUAUGGAAAGUGCACCUUACAUUUAUCACAAUCAUUAGACAGGACAUAAAUGCAUUACACAGAAUAGUAAGCAGAUGAAUAUUAUUAAUGCACCCAUGACACAUUCAGAUACACUCUCGUAAAAAAUAUAUCCUAAAGAUACCAAUCAUUUAAUAAUGAAUGUCCAAUUACUGAUAACAAAAUCCUUGCCAUUUUUACAGACGAGAUUUAAACACUUUUUUCACGCAACUCGAGGAGAAUGUAAAGUAUUAAAGAAUUUCAAUGAUUAGGAUCCUUUGCUGCUUGCUAAUUCUAUAUACGUUAAUAAGAUAGACCGAGUACAUACAAAUGAGACUCAUGUUUACGACGACAAAAAUAAUGAAAUCUUAGUACCUUACAUUAUUAUUAUAAGCAUAAUGACAAAUAAUUUUCUUUAUGGAUGGAACUUCUUUCUCAGUUAUGAUUAGUUUUUGUGAAAUAGAAUUUAGAAUGAUAUCUAGUAAUGUAGGUAUCCUGCUGAUAGGUCUCAGUAAAAUGUAGGGUUUAGGUAGAAUUGAGAAGAAAAGGAUGGACGAGCAGGAGAACUCCGAUAAAUUAUUGUCUGAUGACAUCUUUUCGGUAACGAUAAAGGACCGUCUAGC